AUGGACGCAAUCAUCGAGUCUGGUCGCAAGAUCUGGGAGGGCGAGAUCGUAAGGUCUUUCGCAACAAGAAGGACGAGUCGAAAGCUGACAGCUCCAGNNGACUUUGAGGGACAACGCCUGGUCGAGAUGUUCUGCACCGUAAUAUUGACCACCGCCGGACUGACCCCUACUCUAGNNGUCGUUGGCUUCAUGGUCGGCUUCGCAACUCAGAACAUACAAUACACUCUCUGGAUCCUACUCGCCGGAGCAGCUCUCACAUUCGUCGUAUGCGUACCGCCAUGGCCAUUCUACAACAAUGACCCUGUUAAGUGGCUGCCGGCAAAGAAGGCUGGGGGUGUCUCGGCCAUUGAUAUCACAGUCGAUGGGAAGAAAGUGCAAUAA